AUGUCUGUAAUGCUCACAAAAUUCGAAUCGAAAAGCAACCGCGUAAAGGGGCUUGCUUUUCACCCGACACAACCCUUGCUGGCCGCUGCUCUUCAUAAUGGAAGCGUCCAACUCUGGAAUUAUCGAAUGGGUGUGUUAGUUGAUAGGUUUGAGGAACAUGAAGGCCCUGUCAGAGGCGUGGAUAUCCAUCCAAGUAGGCCCCUUUUGGUGACCGGAGGUGACGACUAUAAAAUCAAAGUAUGGGAUAUCCGGCCCCAGAACCGAAGAUGCCUGUUCACCCUCCAUGGCCACUUGGACUAUGUUCGAACCGUUCAGUUCCACCAUGAAAUGCCCUGGAUUAUUUCAGCCUCUGAUGACCAGACGAUUCGAAUCUGGAACAGCACCUCUCGCCAAUGUAUCGCCGUUCUCACUGGACACUCACACUACGUCAUGUCGGCACGAUUCCACCCCAAGGAAGACCUUGUCGUUUCGGCGUCCAUGGAUCAGACCGUUCGUGUUUGGGAUAUCUCGGGCUUAAGGAAGACUUCACCACACAGCGGUGGACCCGCCUCGCAUCCCGGCAUGGGAGGUCCUCCAGGAAUGUCGAAUUUCGAGACCUUCGAUUCUUUCUCCACCGUCAAACACGUCCUCGAAGGCCAUGAUCGCGGUGUCAACUAUGCCGUCUUCCACCCUACACUGCCACUCAUCAUCUCAGCAGCGGACGACCGCGUCAUUAAAGUUUGGAGGAUGAGCGAAACCAAAGCAUGGGAGGUUGAUUCCUGCCGCGGUCAUUUCAACAAUGUGUCGAGCGCGCUUUUCCAUCCCAAGCACGAGCUGAUCGUUUCCUGUGGAGAGGACAAGACUGUACGAGUUUGGGAUCUUGGGAAGAGGAGCGCGAUUCAGACUUUCCGAAGGGAACACGAUAGGUUCUGGAUUCUUGCCGCCCAUCCAAACCUCAACCUCUUUGCUGCGGGCCACGAUAGCGGUCUGAUCGUGUUCAAGCUUGAGCGCGAGCGUCCGGCGUUCAGUGUACAUCAAGACACGCUGUACUAUGUUCGUGACAAGUAUGUGCGGUCGUAUGACUUCAACACUGGCUCCGAUCUUGGUCUCUUGAGCGUCCGCAAGUUUGGCAGCCCAUACGUCCCUCCUCGAACUCUCAGCUUCAACCCCGCCGAACGCGCCGUCCUCCUUACUAUCAAUUCCGACAGCGGCCUCUAUGAAUUGACCAACCUUCCGCAGUCGGUUCAGGGCGAGGUGAAGGACUCGAGCGUGGAUGGAAAGAGGGGCAAUGGACAGAGCGCCAUCUUUGUUGCUCGUAACCGAUUUGCUGUGCUGAACAAGGCGCAACAGGUUAUCGAAGUCCGCGACCUCGCCAACUCGGUUGUGAAGGUGAUCAAACCUCCUGUGCAAACGAACGAGAUCUUCUAUGGCGGCACCGCAUGCCUUCUCUUGAGCUCGCCCACCUCUGUCGUCCUCUACGACAUCCAGCAGCAGAAGACUAUUGCUGAAGUCAACAGCCCUCCCGUCAAGUACAUUGUCUGGAGCUCAGAUGGUGGGCUCGUCGCUUUGUUGAGCAAGCACACUAUCACCAUUGCCAACAAGAACUUCAGUCAACAUAGUAUGGUGCACGAGACCAUCCGAAUCAAAUCUGGUGCCUGGGAUGAUUCCGGUGUCUUCAUCUACUCCACCCUCAACCACGUCAAGUACUGCCUUCCUCAAGGUGAUCAUGGCGUCAUCUGCACCUUGGAUAACCCCGUCUACCUCACCCGCGUCAAGGGCAAGACUGUCUACUGCCUUGAUCGCUCAGCUCGGCCCCGCACGAUUACUUUCGACCCUACUGAAUACCGCUUCAAGCUGGCGCUCUUGAAGAACAAUCAGGAAGAGAUGCUCCACAUCAUCCGAACAUCCAAUCUCCUUGGUCAAAGCAUCAUUGCCUACCUGCAGAAGAAGGGCUUCCCAGAGAUCGCUCUGCACUUCGUUCAAGAUGCCAAUACCAAGUUUGAGCUGGCGAUCGAAUGUGGGAAUCUCGAGGUUGCUUUAGAGAACGCGAAGACGAUCAACCGACCGGAGUGCUGGGAGCGCCUCGCUCAGCAGGCCUUGAAGCAAGGAAACCAUAAAAUCGUGGAGAAGGCGUAUCAACAAACCAAGAACUUUGACAAGCUUUCUUUCCUCUACCUCGCUGUUGGCAGCACCGACAAGUUGACGAAGAUGCAGAAGAUUGCGGAUGCACGGGGUGAUCCUAUGUCGCGAUUCCACAACGCCCUCUAUGCUGGUGAUAUUGAGGCGAGGAUCUCCGUUCUUCGAGAUGUUGGCCUUCACCCUCUUGCUUAUCUCACCGCCAAAACGAACGGCAAGGACGACAUUGCUGCUGAAAUUCUCGAGGCUGCAGGUCUUACCGAAGACGACAUCUCCGAUGUGCCGACCUAUGCUGCUUCGACAUUGAAGCCACCUCCCGUUGUCACCUCUACCGCCGACCUCAUCUGGCCCGCCGUUCCAAGAGGCGAAAGCUUCUUCGACCGCGUUCUUGCCAAUGGUAUUCUCGAAGGUGGCGCCGAUAUCGAGUUCACCAACGGUGAUGCCGGAACCGCUGCUCACAGCGCUUUGGAUGCAUGGGCCAAGGAUGAAGAGGAGCAAGAUGAAAUCGACCCUGCAGAGGAGGGAUGGGAUCUUGAUGCUGAUGCCGGCGACUUCCAGACACCUGACGAUGGUGAAGCUGCCGAAGAGGAGGAGGAAUUGGGUGCUGGGGCUGCUCCAGGUGUCGAUGAGAGGGAUCUGUGGGUCCGAAACUCACCACUUGCUGUCGACCAUGUCGCUGCUGGAUCCUUCGAAUCUGCCAUGCAGUUACUCAAUCGACAAUUCGGUGUUGUCAACUUUGCGCUCCUCAAACCUCUGUUCCUAUCGAUAUACAGAUCGUCACACGUCUACCUCACGCCUGUGGCAUCCCUUCCACCGCUGCAUCUGCAUCUCCGUCGCAACCCCAACGAAUCCUCGCCCAGUCGGGUACUCCCCAUCGCUGCCCGAUCUCUGCAAUCUAUACGCUCCGAGCUCUUGGAAGGAUACAGGUUUGUUUCUAGCAACAAAUUGGCAGAGGCCCAAGCUACGUUCCGAUCUGUUCUCCAAGCACUAUUACUUGUUGUUCUCUCUUCGGAUGAUGAGGCCAAGACAUGGAGAGAUACCAUCACCGCCGCUCGCGAGUACCUCCUCGGUGUGACCAUCGAGCUCGAGAGGCGACGGGUGGCUGCUCAGGAACCGGACAAUGUCAAGCGCAACCUCGAAUUGGCAGCCUACUUCACCCAAUGUCAAUUGCAACCCCCACAUCUCCAAAUUGCCCUGCGAAGCGCCAUUGGUGUCUUCGUGAAGGCUGACAACCACGCUCAUGCUGCACGAUUCGCGAAGAGACUUAUUGAAUUGAAACCUGAUCCUAAGAUCGUUGCUCAGGCCAAACAACGUAUCGCCGCUGGAGACCGCAACCCUCGCAAUGCAGUCGACAUUGACUACGACGAAUUCACACCGUUCGAGAUCUGCGCAGCUACUUAUACUCCCAUUUACAAGGGCUCGCCGGCAGUUCACUGUCCCUAUACCGAUGCCGCUUAUCUGCCCCAGUUCAAGGGCCAGCUGGAUCCUCUGAUCGAACUCACGGAGAUUGGAGCGGCUGCGUCUGGACUUCCUGCUGCGUGGUGA